CCCGGUUUUGAGCUACUUGAGACGAACGGCCUAAAAAAGUGCGGCUUUGCAGACUGUCUCUCAUUUACGACUGUCUUAAAAAAAUGUGGUCUAAUUCUGAAAUUUACUCAAUUUGUAAUGUGUACGUAGCCAGCUAAUCUUACUGCAUGAAAUCGUUGUUAUGAAUUGUUGGACGUAGGAGUAUUUUCCAAGCCUUCCAUAUUAAUUAAUUGAUCCGGGCCUAUUCCGAAUCCGUAGAGUACACGAGUGCACGCGCUGACGCGCCACGCUGGGUCUUGCCGAGUUCCUGCAGUAAUCGGACUGUCCUCCGCUCCAUGCAUAUAAUGGAGCCCAAUCCCUCUCGAACCGAUCAUCGCCCUCGCAACGUUUCCGGGGCCCAAGACUCCGGUUCGGACCCCGGAUGACACCACUUUUUUCCUUCCUACUACGCGACCUCGCAAGCAGGCAGUCAUCACGUAAGGCAUGGCCGACGACGAGGAGCACGCCGGGGCCGAGACCCGGAUCGCGGCCAUCUUCGCCAUGAUCCGCGAGCACGACGCCUCCGACGAGACAGCCAUGAGCGACGCACAAGUCGCUGCUGCCAUUUCCGCCCUGAUCGCCGCCGCAGCCGCACACGGGACGACGACGACUAUCACGGGCAUCGUCGGCAGCAUCCUCGACGACUACGACGAGUUCCGGAAGCUCGGCUCGGGCUCGGCCGGCGUGGUCACGAAGGCGCGCCACCGUGCCACGGGCAAGACCGUGGCCCUGAAGUCCCUCCACGGCUACUCCGGCGGCACCGUCCGCGACCUCCUGCGUGAGGCCUGCUUCAUGGUCGGCUGCCCGGCCCACCCAUCACUCGUCACUCUCCAUGGCAUGGCGCGCACGGAGAGCACCAACGACUACUGCCUCGUCAUGGACUACGUGGACGGGCCGACCCUCCACGACUGCAUCCGCAUGGGCCACCGGCGGCGGCCCUUCCCGGAGGCCCACGCGCGCCGCGUCAUGCGGCAGCUGCUGUCGGCCGCGGCGCACAUGCACCAGCACGGCGUCAUCCACCGCGACAUCAAGCCGGAAAACAUCCUCGUCGACGACGACCAUCGCGUCGUCAAGAUCUGCGACUUCGGCUCAGCUCUGUACUGCACGCACGACGCCGAGGAAUGCUACUACGCGGCCGGGACGAGGCCGUACAGCGCGCCGGAGAUGCUGCUGGAGAAGCCGGGAGGGUACGACGCGCUCGUCGACACGUGGUCGCUCGGCUGCGUCAUGGCGGAGCUCCUCACCGGCGAGGUGCUGUUCGACGGCGGCUGCGACUCUGACACGCUCUACGAGAUCUUCGACUUGCUCGGGGUGCCGGGCAAGAGGGCGUGGAAGCCGUACGAGGCGUCCUUCGUGGCUCACAAGGUGCCGCUGUGGCGCCGGGAACAGCAGCGGCGGCGCCGGCACUGCAACCGGCUCGGCGAGCUGUUCCCGGAGGAGCUGCUGUCCAGGGACGGCUUCCAGGUCCUCAAGGGGCUCCUCACUUGUGAUCCUAGCAAGCGGCUGCCUGCCGCCGCCGCGCUCCAGCUUCCCUGGUUCGCUGCUCACGACGACAGCUGCGAGGCUUCCUUUGGAUCUAGUUAGAUAUUCAAGACUUCAGAAUUGAAUUGGCUCUAAUGCCAAACCAGCCUCUGUAUUGU